AUGCGUGGAGACCAUUGGACUGUGGUGGCCCGCAGCAUCUUAGUUCGGUCUGGGUCAAGCGUGGCUUCGGAGGCACUGGCUGAGCGUUUGUCAUUUGGAGCAGUUCUUCUCGAAAUGGACAUGGUGGGGGAGCGCCUCCAGUUCAAGAAGCUCCAAGGCGAGGGCCCCGAGUCCGGAUGGGUGACCAUCAAAGUGAAGGAGAAAGUGCUGGUGCAACGCGCCAUCGAUGCGCUCGUGCUUCCCGAGAACGUGCUUCGUUUAUGGGCCCUGUCCGACAUUCACACGGACAAAAAGGAGAACAUGCAAUGGAUCCGCGAGUUGGACGAGAAUGCGUUUCAGGAGGAUGUUCUCAUUUUGGCCGGUGAUAUCGCGAACACGAUGGAGGUGCUUGAAGAAACCUUGCUCUUAUUGAAGGCCCGCUUCCAGCGUAUUUUCUUUUGUCCAGGCAACCAUGACUUGUGGAUGCAAGGAUGGAAGGGUGGGAAUUCAAUGGACAAAUUCCAUGCAAUUAUGGAGGUUUGCAAAUCGUGCGGCGUUGAAACCACACCUGGCAUCCUGAACACAGGUGCUGGGCGUCUCGUGGUCGUGCCAAUACUGGCUUGGCAUCAUCCACAAUGGGAUACCGAGCCAGAACUACAAGAAUGGCAAGUUCCGGCACUUGAAAAGACAAUGGCCGACUACUGGGCGACCAGAUGGCCACAAAAGUUGCGCAUCGAAGAUGGCAGUGUCGCUGAAGCGUUUGAUCAGCUCAAUGAACGCUGCUUUCAGAAUGUGAUGCAGCGGCGAGAUGAGUUCCAAGCAGUGGUAUCCUUCUCACACUUUGUUCCACGGAUUGAGUUGAACCCUGAGAAGCGAUAUUUGAUCCCAUCCUCCUUGGCCAAGGCAGUUGGCUCUGCAUACUUGAAGGAGAGGGUCGAGAAGCUGAAACCUGAUGUGCAUGUCUUUGGGCAUACCCAUUUUGGCUACGACAUGGAGCUGGACGGUAUUCGUUAUCUUCAAGCUCCACUAGCCACACCUGCAGAGCGGGUUUGGGCAGGUUCUUUGGUGACACUUGGUGGCUUCCCUAUCGAGAGAAAGCCAUGUUUGGUGUGGACAUCAGAUCUGGGCUUUGCAAGUACCUAUCGAAGCUCCUGGUCGAAGUAUUACCAGAGAUAUGGUCGACAGCCUGCAGUCACGGAUGUGAUCCCAUCAUUGUGCUGCAACCUUUACACGCCAAGCUCGGCCAGUAGGACUGGAUGGAUUGCGGGUCGGAUGCCCAUUUGGCUCUUUGGACCUUUGCCAAGCCGUAUACAGGAGGCAGAAAUGGUCAUCAAUGAGGUUCGGAACAUCACUGGCCGUGCGGCGGUUCUCCAGAGGAGUGCGAAAGGGAGAGAGAAGUUGCCUCCAAGUUCUCAGGGAGAUCCCAAGAUGUUAAGAGGAGAAGAAGCAUUAGGCUUGCAUGCAGCAGGAGCGCAUGUGUUCAUCGACGUCCGCCCUCCAGGUGCAGCCGGUGGCUGCAUUCCGGGUGCCAUAUCACUGCCCCAUCCUGCUGCUACUGAGACCCUGGCAUCCUUGGACGAUGAUGUCUUGUUGCAGCUUUGUGAGCGCUUGAACGCCAAGAGUGGCAACAUGAUCAUCUAUGCAGAGGAGGACGAAUCGUCCUGGGAUGCUGCGCUACUUUUGGCUGGAUAUUUUCGAAUCUGGCCCACUGCAAUGGCAGUCCUGGAUGGUGGUUGGAAGACCUGGCUGCACAGCGGAGGGCCAAUUCAAGAAAGCCAUCCUUCCUGA